GCAACAAUGAUUGUAUAAAAUUCGUUAUCAAAUUUGUUUUGUUGUUGUUUGUGAAGUAGGUGAAGAAUGACUCACAAGAAGUUCGAACACCCUAGACACAGUUCUUUGGGAGAAAUCUCAAGGAAGAGUGGUCACAUAGGAAGAGGAGAUACCCAUGAUGCUCAGACUGAGUUUGAUAGGACUGAGUUAGACAUAACUUGGGGUGUUACUUGUCUCCCGCGUAAGACUUACAUGGGUUCGAGGAAGGUUGCUUGUAUUGGUGCAUGGCAUCCUGCCAGAGUGGCAAAUGGUAAGGGUUAUGAAGGUGUUGUUACUCGUUGGGGUGUUACCCAUCUCCCCCGUAAGACUCACAGGGGUUCGAGGAUGGUUGCUUGUAUUGGUGCAUGGCAUCCUGCCAGAGUGACAAAAGGUAAGGGUUAUGAAGGAGUUGUUACUCGUUGGGGUGUUACUCGUCUCCCACGUAAGACUCACAUUGGUUUGAGGAAGGUUGCUUGUAUUGGUGCAUGGCAUCCUGCCAGAGUAGCAAAAGGUAAGGGUCAUGAAGGGGUUGUUACUCGUUGGCGUGUUACCCGUCUCCCCCGUAAGACUCACAUGGGUUUGAGGAAGGUUGCUUGUAUUGGUGCAUGACACCCUGCCAGAGUGACAAAAGGUAAGGGUCAUGAAGGUGUUGUUACUCGUUGGGGUGUUACCCGUCUCCCCCGUAAGAGUCACAUGGGUUUGAGGAAGGUUGCUUGUAUUGGUGCAUGGCAUCCUGUGAGAGUGAUAGAAGAUAAGGGUCAUGAAGGUAUUGUUACUCGUUGGGGUGUUACUCGUAUCCCCCGUAAGAGUCACAUGGGUUUGAGUAAGGUUGCUUGUAUUGGUGCAUGACAUCCUGCCAUAGUUUCCUCCACUGUUGCAAGGGCUGGUCAAAACGGUUACCACCACUGUACUGAGUUGGACAAGAAGAUUUACAACCUCGACAAAUCUGGAGAAGAUACCUACGAUGCCCAGA